AUGAGAACUUCUUCUUCUUCUUCUUCUUUGGAGUGUGUUGAAGGCCCAAUCAUAGUCGGAGCAGGACCCUCCGGCAUAGCCGUAGCCGCCUGUCUAUCUCGGUACUCCAUUCCUUCAAUAAUCUUAGAGCGAAGCGACUGCAUCGCUUCGCUCUGGCAAAACAAAACCUACGACCGCCUCAAACUCCAUCUCCCUAAAAAUUUCUGCCAACUCCCUCUAAUGGGCUUCCCACAAACCUUCCCAAAAUACCCAACCAAGUACCAGUUCAUCUCCUACAUGGACUCCUACGCUUCCCAUUUCAACGUUCAACCGAAGUUCAACCAGACAGUCCACGUGGCCGAGUUUGAUCCCUCUUCCCAGAUUUGGCUCGUUAGGACCCAAGACUCUCUCUACCUUUCCCCUUGGCUCAUUGUAGCUACCGGAGAAAAUGCCGAACCUAUGAUUCCCAAGAUUCUCGGCAUCGACAAGUUUCAUGGUGAUGUUGUUCAUACUAGCGCGUAUAAAUCUGGUGACGCUUAUAAGAACAAGAAGGUUUUGGUUAUUGGUUGUGGAAAUUCUGGCAUGGAAGUUAGCUUGGAUCUUUGUAGACACAAUGCUAAGCCUUACAUGGUUGCAAGAAAUACGGUACAUGUUCUCCCUAGGGAGAUUUUGGGAAUAUCAUCAUUUGGAAUAGCAAUGGCACUAUACAAAUGGUUUCCACUAAAAAUAGUAGACAAGUUUCUGUUGUUGGUGGCAAACAUGAUGUUGGGAAACACAAGUCAUUAUGGCAUAAGAAGGCCCAAAACAGGUCCAAUUGAACUUAAACUUGCCACAGGGAAAACCCCUGUUCUUGAUGUUGGUCAAGUAGCACAAAUCAAAUCCGGUAACAUUAAGGUGAUGGAAGGUGUGAAGGAGAUAACAAGAAAUGGUGCCAAAUUUGUGGAUGGACAAGAAAAGGAAUUCGAUGCUAUAAUAUUGGCAACGGGAUACAAGAGCAACGUGCCUACUUGGCUCAAGAGUUGUGAUUUCUUCACGGAAGAUGGAAUGCCGAAAACGCCCUUCCCUAAUGGUUGGAAAGGGAAGCAUGGAUUGUACACAGUUGGAUUCACAAGAAGGGGCCUUUCUGGAACUUCCUCAGAUGCAGUAAAGAUUGCUAAUGACAUUGCUGAUCAAUGGAAAACCCUUAAAAAGGACAACAUCAACAACAAUUCACAUAUCAUCCAACUCAACAAUUCCUAG